AUGGCAGCAUUAAACAGCACCAAUAUUAAAACGUUAGAAGAUCUGACACUCGAUUCGGGUUAUGGAGCAGGAGACUCUUGUAGGUCUCUCAGCCGCUCCUCGUCCAAGUCCAACUCUCAGACCCGCAUGGGUGUAUUUUACCGGGGUAACUGGUGGAAUUGCUCCGGCUCAAUGAAUAGCAGAAACAACAGCUGGGACACGGUUAAUACGGUUUUACCGGAGGACAUGGAGGACAUUUUCUCCAAAUGCCCCCGUUUGCCAGAGUUAGAGGAGUUUCCCUGGACAGACGAGGAGAUUGACUCAAUCUUGCGUAAAGUAGCUGGCGACGAGGCUGCUUUCUCAGCAGACUUCAUUCGGAGGUUGUCUUUUCUCUUGCGAAGGGCACUGUUACGGAUCGCUAGAGAGGCGCAGCGCCUGAGUGUCUUGCAUUGUCGCUGCACUCGCUUUGAAGUUCAGAGUGCCAUUCGACUGGUACUGAGUUGGGCACUUGCUGAAAGUUGCGUGUCUGCCACAGUUAAGGCUAUCUCCCUAUACAGCAUGAGCUCUGGAGAGGCACUGCGUAAGCGUAAAUCAUCUAGAUGCUGUCUGACUUUAUCAGUGGGACGCUUUUUCCGAUGGAUGGUGGACACUCGCAUCUCAGUGCGCAUUCAUGAUUACGCAGCCAUCUGCUUGGCUUCCUGCAUGGAAAACUUAGUAGAGGAAAUUGGUGCCCGGGUACUGACUGCUCAGAGCGGACCGAUCCGGUCUCCGGCAGGAGUUGAUGCUCUUGAGGGAGUUAUCAACAAUGACGCGGAACUGUAUGGCGUGCUUCAACAUUACGAGCACUUAAUUUGCGGGAAAAAUGCAAUUGGUGAACUGUCCCUGCCGGCCUGUUUCAGCCCAUACACAGCAGGUCAGGGCUGUGGACUGGAGACUCAGGAAGAGAACUACACACAGUUGGAGUUACGGACCCUUGAGCAGGCUCUGUUGGCCACCUGUGUGGGCACUGUUGCAGAACUCAGCGACCUGGUGUCUCGAGCCAUGCUCCACAUACAGCGUUUGAACAGUAGCCGUCCUGUCUCCAGUCCUAGUCGAUCGUCCUGUGUGCCGAGCGUAUCCUGGUCCCCAGACGCUUUAAGGACACUCUACUACUUCCUGUACAGCCCACAAAUGGAGUCGAUGGAAAACCCCAAUCUGGAGCCUCCUGCCAUCACUCUGAAAAAAGAGAAGCCUUUUCUCCUGCUGCCUCCUCUGAUGGAGUGGAUCCGUGCCUCUAUAGUACACGCGGAGCAUCGAAAGAGUUCACUGGUAGACAGCGACGAUGUCCGUCAGGCCGCCAGACUCCUCCUCCCAGGAUUGGACUGUGAGCCCAGACAGUUAAAGCCAGAGUGUUGUUUUAGCUCCUUUAAGCGUUUAAACUCUAAAGCAGCCAUAGCGAAGUUUAAUCUGGACCUGGGGUUCCGCAUGCUCAUUUGUGGACGAACUGAUCUGAUCGCACAGGCUGUGGAGCUGCUGGGGCCAGAUGGAGUCAACGCUAUGGAUGACCAGGGAAUGACCCCUCUGAUGUACGCAUGCUCAGCAGGAGAUGAAGCUCUUGUCCACAUGCUUAUCAGUGCUGGAGCAAACCUGGACGUAGCAGUGCCCAGCUGUUCUCCCAAACACCCCUCUGUGCACCCAGACACUCGCAACUGGGUUGCCCUCACCUUUGCCGUGCUGCACGGACAUUUACCCGUGGUGCAGCUGCUGUUGGACAUGGGGGCAGAUGUUGAGGGGAGCGCAAUGAGAGCUGGGCACCACAGUUCUGCAGAAACUCCUCUUCAGCUGGCAUCGGCAGCAGGGAACUAUGAGAUGGUGAGUCUUUUGCUGUCCCGAGGUGCUGAUCCAAUGCUCAGGAUGCAUUGUGGGACCUCUUUGACAUCAUCGCUCGAUGAGGAUAUGAACUGCUUCAGUCUCGCUGCAGCACAUGGACACAGGAAUGUGUUGCGGAGGCUGCUGAUUCAACAGGAGGAGGUGCUGUCUCUAGAGGAGAUCCUCGCUGAGGGAGUGUAUGAGGAGGUGGGAGGUGCAGGAGGGAGGAGUGAUGGGGAGGCUCGUGGUCUGUGUAAAGCUCGAAUCAGAGCCCUGCAGGAAGCCAGUCUACACAGCUCUGAGCAUGGGUAUCUGGACAUCACCAUGGAGAUCAGAGCACUGGGUGUGCCGUGGCGUUUGUGCGUGUGGCUGCAGUGUGUGAGCGCUGCACAGGAGCAGGGCCGGGCUGAGCUCACACUCUCUCUCCUCAGAGAUUUCAGCUGCAUUGGAGAAGAACGGUUCAGUGAGGAGUUUCUGUCUGACGGUCUUCCUCUGCUCUUCAGCAUCCUCAGAACCAGCACGAGUGAGGAGAUAUGCUUGCAGCUAGCCACCAUCUUUAGUCAAUGUUAUGGCUCCACACCAGUUCCACCAAUCCCUGAAGAGAAGGACAUGUCCACGGCACAGCUGGAUGCUCAUUUUCUGAACAACUCAGAGAUGUCUGACGUGACGUUUAUGGUGGAGGGCAAGCCAUUCCACGCUCACAAGGUUCUCCUCAUGUCUGCCUCUCCAAGGUUCAGAGAUCUGCUUGGCCCCUGCAGAACAAAUGGCACCACAGAUCACAAAAUGAUAGAAAUCACUGACAUCAAAUAUAGCACGUUUCAGUUAAUGAUGAGCCAUUUAUACAGUGGAGGGACUGCGUGUGUCCAGGCCUCUGGACCUGAUUUGUUAAAACUCUUACCCUUGGCUCAGUCAUUCCAGCUGAAGGCCUUGAAGAGGCUGUGUGAAAUUUUUUGUUCACAGGCUGUAAACACUAGCAACAUUGUCAGUAUCUACCAUACUGCCAAGGUGAGCAGAGCAACACAGCUGAGUCUUUUCUGUGAGGGCUUCUUUCUACAGAAUAUGCCAGACUUGCUCCUGUGUGAGGACUUUAGAGAACUUCUGUUUGGGUCAAACUGUAGCCCAGACAUGCUCGAGGGGUUGAGAACUACACUGGCAUCCAGAAUCCGUUCUCUCUCUGCUUCUAGAUGA